CCCGGAAGUAGUUCUGGAGGAGGUGGGCCUGAGGGAUUGGAGCUGGUGACGUUGCCGCCCAGGGCUCCGGCGCUUGUUACCUCGUUCGGCUGUUUGCGGCUCCUGCGAGAAAACUGGGCAGGUCUGCGGGAACCGCACCUAUGGCUUCCGUGCUGUCUUACGAAAGCCUGGUCCACGCUGUGGCGGGAGCCGUGGGAAGCAUGACAGCAAUGACAGUAUUUUUUCCCUUGGAUACAGCUCGACUUCGACUUCAAGUUGAUGAGAAAAGAAAGUCCAAAACGACACACAUGGUGCUCCUGGAGAUCAUUAAAGAAGAAGGCCUCCUGGCACCAUAUCGAGGGUGGUUUCCAGUUAUCUCCAGUCUCUGCUGCUCCAAUUUUGUCUAUUUCUACACUUUUAAUAGCCUCAAAGCAGUCUGGGUCAAAGGUCAACAUUCUACUACUGGAAAAGAUCUGGUAGUUGGAUUUGUUGCAGGAGUGGUGAAUGUGCUGCUAACAACUCCGCUCUGGGUAGUAAACACCCGACUGAAGCUGCAAGGGGCAAAAUUUAGGAAUGAAGACAUUUUACCCACCAACUACAGUGGUGUUAUUGAUGCUUUCCACCAGAUCAUUCGCGAUGAAGGAAUCCUGGCUUUAUGGAAUGGCACAUUUCCCUCCUUGCUGUUGGUCUUCAAUCCUGCCAUCCAAUUCAUGUUUUAUGAAGGUUUAAAACGGCAGCUUUUAAAGAAACGAAUGAAGCUUUCUUCUUUGGACGUGUUCAUCAUCGGUGCAAUAGCCAAAGCAAUUGCCACCACGGUCACCUAUCCUCUGCAGACAGUACAGUCAAUUCUGAGGUUUGGACAUCACAGACUGAACCCAGAAAACAGAAUGCUGGGGAGUCUUCGGAACAUUCUCUAUCUCCUCCACCAACGAGUAAGGCGUUUUGGAAUAAUGGGACUCUACAAAGGCCUUGAAGCCAAACUGCUGCAGACAGUCCUCACUGCUGCUCUCAUGUUCCUCGUUUAUGAGAAACUGACGGCUGCUACCUUCACGGUCAUGGGGCUGAAGAGCGCACGGAAGCGCUGAGGCAUCUUCCACCGCCAGGCGCUCAGAGAUGCUCAAGACAGGGGAUCCUUCUCUGUGAAGAGAAGCGGUUCCCCUUUUUCUUGCUCCUUCCACUGAGAAUUUUACCCUCUGGCUUGAAAUGCAUCUAAGUUUACACAUGGAGUAUAGCCAGCUUGACCUGUUACCAACUUAGUUUUUAUGAUGGUUGGUUGAAUUUUGUGGGGGAGUUUGGGCCAAUGGCCAUAUGAAAAGAAAACAUCAUUGAAAACCUAAAAAUGAAAGUUUAUGGGGGUUUAUUGACUUUUUUGAGGGGGAUGGACUCUUGCUCUCAUGUAUAAUCUUUUCCAGGUAAAGUAUUUUUUAGAUUUGCCAGAUGGUCCCUUUCCCUUGAACCCUCCCCCAGGUCCUAGGGCAAAUUUGCUACCAUGUUAAUUCUCCUCAUAUACUUUUGUAUGUCUUCAUCUUGGUAUUUUCUUCACUAAAAAUGUUAUGACUAUGCCAUAAGCAUGACUUUAUUUUUCUUGGCAUUUUUUUUCCUCCUGCUUAAGGAAAGAUAUCUUCUUUAGUGUGUGAGCUAUUUAUUUUGUGGGGGAAAUGAAAAUUAUUAAUUCCAAAUGAUUCUCUUAUAAACUAUUUGUAAAUGUCACUUAUUUAGUAUUUGACAUAAUUUUAAAAUAUUUCUUUUGAAUCAA